UCCGGAAUCAUACAGACCCGAAUACUUCUCUGAAAGCCCUAAUUUCCCCAUCGUUCCCCUAAAUUCUCUCCCAUUGGAGCUCCGACAACCGCCGUCGAGAUGGAGCCCGAAGUGGUGGAAGCAGAGAUAGUGCUGCCGACUCGAAUGAAAUUUAAGAAAAUUCAGAUGGCGGACAAGUACCCCAAAGGACAAGCAAGAGGCCGGCACUGGAAACACCUCAAGCAGAUUAUCCAAGCUGAGAAUUACCAAAAUUACGAUCCUAAUGAUCCUACUUACGUCAGUAUUGAAUCGCCACCUUCUAUGCACCCCUGCAAAAAGAUUUGUGAUAUAACGGGGUUUGAGGCUCCUUACUCUGAUCCUAGGACCAAUCUCCGAUACGCGAAUACAGAAGUCUUCAAGAUGAUAAGAUCACUUCCCAAUGAUUAUGUUCAGAGAUACCUGGCUCUCAGAAAUGCUGCAGUAGUUCUUAAAUAGUUGUUGCCAAACACAGGACUCUUUACACCAUAUCCUGUCUUGUGGAAAUUAGCUCUGACUGCUAUAUUAGAGAGUGGACUCAGUUUUUGUGUAUAUAAACCCUUCUGUUCUACUCAUAUUGUCCCCAUCUCCUUUAUCAACUUAGUGAAAUAGAUACCAUUAUCAUUAUCAGUA